GUUCAAAGGUAUCGCAACGACAAUUUAGUGGUCGAUCACUGGGAUCGGUUCUGUCAAAGCACUAACUCAAUGGAUGCUGCGGAGAAUUAAGAAAUAUGCGUAGAUGUAACGCUGAAAGAUGAUUAGUCUCUAUCAACACACUUCUCAUGAGAACACAGGCGAGUAAUAAUGUAAAAGUUGCUCUUUGAUUUCAAUUUAAGCAAAUUCAACACGAGGGCCGAGAACUUAACAAAACAGUUUUGUUCUUUAUCAUCUGCCAACGAUGAUGAUGAUUUAAUACAAAGCCUUCGCUCUGAAGUCGGUCAAAGUUUGAAACCCCUUAACGUAAUGUGUGAAUGGUAAAAAUAAUUUUUAGAUUUAGAGUCUCCUUUGAAUAUUUCCCGUGGCAAAAUAACCGACGGCAUCGACAUGAUAUGGGCCACUGUUUAUGUAAGGUUAUAAAGAGUAGAAGUUUUGAGCACUUGACCAAAGAAACAAAAGAUUCUUCGCUUUUUUCAGAAAAGGACAUCGCGUGAAAACUGGGUAGUUCGUUGGAAGACGUUGGUCUUAAUUUCCACCGGAAGCAAUCAACCUUGAAAUGUCUUUGUGCGUUUAAAUGGUUUUCUAUUUCGCUCGUAUUUCAAAGGGAUUUUCGAACGAGUGAUUAGAAAAAAAGAAAAGGAAAAAAAAGAGCGUUAUUCCAAGAGCCUUUAAACAUAUAAUAAACAAUAGCAACCGCAGAAAACUAACUUAAAUCUUGGAUGUUUCCAACGGUCAAGUAUACAUCAAAUUCAAAAUAUUGCUAGACGGAAAAAGUAAGUUUAUUUUUUCCCUAUCGAAUAUCAUAAAUAAACUCUAUCUCCCUCACUCACGCUCUUUCUCCUUACAUUCUACAGUUUCUUACGGUUCUAACGCACUCGCUGUAAUAGCCAGCAUUGUUUCUCUUGGAAGUAUAGUGGUGAUCUGUUCUUGGUGUUACAAAUGUUGGAAGGGAUCAGAGAAGGAUGGAGAGAGUACAGAAAGUGACUAUGAUUCAUCCUCGGACUCUCAACUCUACGGAGUCCCAGGGCACAAAUACCGUGCAUUUGCGAAAUACUCGACGCUGUCGGACGUUUCACCGCCUGAAAAGCGCAUUGAAUCGCCUGGGUAUCCGAAAAAAUCGUUAAAAUUUUCUCAGCCGCCUCCACAAGAGUACGAUGUACAAGCACCUCAGCCGGAUAUCUCAAACUUUGUCAUCCCGCCAGAGCCUCCUUUAAUCGAUCAAUCAUCGACCAAAGAGGACCUCGGAAAGGUUUACUUCUCAAUUAGCUACGAUUCCCAAGAAAUGGUACUCACGUUGAAAAUUAUAAAAGCGUCCGGACUUCCGGCCAAAGAUUUUAGCGGAACCAGCGACCCGUUUGUGAAAAUUCUGCUGCUUCCAGAUAAAAAGCACAAAAUGGAAACUCGAAUUAAAAGGAAAAAUCUCAACCCAACAUGGAACGAGGUUUUUAGAUUUGAAGGUUUCCCUCAUAACAAGCUAUUAAGUCGAACGUUGUAUCUUCAAGUACUGGACUACGAUCGUUUUUCUCGGAACGAUCCCAUAGGAGAAAUUGAAAUCCCGUUGAGCGAUAUUGACUUGGGGCCAAUGACUCUGACUUUCUGCAAGGAUCUACAACCCUGUAAACGCCAGGUAGAGUGUCAAUAUCUUUCUUUGGUGGCAAAAAAAUUCAUUUUAACAUUAUCUCGUGGUUUUCGAAAAUUGUUUUUAUCUUCCCAGAAAAAAGGUUUCUCUAGAGACUCUUAAAAUGUUCUGAUCGUUGUCGAAAACACAUUAUUAGCACUUCGCGUGUACAGCUAAUUAAUGCCAUAGGUUGUUUUCUUUAAUUCCAUGCUCGAUGUGUUAAUUUUUGUAAACUGGGAUAUUACCAUGUUUUCGCAAGUGAAAUACAAAGAACCGACUUAAUUGCAGAUGGACGUCUUAUCGCAAACUACUCAUCUGCUUAUGACAGAUUUCAUGAAUGAAAAAUCCGCGAUGUUUUCAUUACGUGACAUUUUAAUUUCAUGCAGUAAACUGGUGGAAGUUUGAUUUACUCCUAUUGCUCAUUUCGUGUAUUCGGGUAAUUUUUGUAUUUACAAGACAUCCUUCGCGUUAAUACAGAUAUAGCUUUUGGUCAUAAAAUAUACAUAAUUUAAACUCUUAUCAACAUUUACCGCCGGCCAAAGGAUAUUAAAAUAGGUUCGCUGAAUAUUAAUCCCUAAUUUCCUUGACCGAAAAUCUCUCGAUUAGCUAAUAUUUUUUUUUCCUGUCACUGCCUAAAAGAUACUUCGUGGAACAGAUUAUUUUGGAGAAAACUUGCGCAAAGUUUUGUCUAUUACUCAACAAUAUGUGUGUUGUGUAAAAUGAACAGAGUAAUAAAUAAUUUACAAAAAAGAAUGGCCCACCGUUACACGUAUGAAAAGUAAGAUUAUGGUUACCCAAAAGGCUAUUUUUCUUAAUUUUUUUUCUUAAUUUUACAUACUCCGGAGACAAAAUAAUUUUGAUAAAAUUAUAGCUGUACCAUUAGCGUAAAAGCUCUGUUAAGGAACAAUUUCAACAGUCCUUUUCUUCUUCAAAUCUGCACUCUGAAAUAAACAGGUUUGCCAUUUGAUGUUUGGUUAUAAAACAAAGCCAAUUUGUAAAAUAACAUUUAACAUGGAAUCGAGCUUAUCCAUACUAAGAUGUUUCAAAGUUUUAAAGUGUCUCUAAGUUUGGGCAAAAGAAACACACACUUUUCUCUGCACUAGGAAUCAAAUUUUAUUUGAACACCAGAUGGCCAUCUGUGGCACGAUCAUAAUGACUGUAUUGAAAAGAAGUCAUUAUUUUUUUAUUACAAUAUAAUGCAAAACUGGUGAGAGGAAAUAGAACAAGAUGAUUUUUCAUUUUUCAGGAAAUAUUGAUUAAAAAAAAUGCCAAAAUUGAAAAGAUCUUGAAAAUAAACAAGUAGAUCUUUACUGAUAUGCAGAUAAUCUAAUCUUCAAUAAAUAUGCAUAAUAUGCCACAACACUUUUAUUUCCCUUUGAGCCAGUUUCUGAUUAGGUGGAAUAGUAACUUCUAGACAAACAUAGAAGAAAUUCUCUUCAUUAUUAUAUCAAAUAUCUGCUAUCGAGGAAUCUUGUAUGGUGCCAGUACUAUUUAAAAGCUUUUGAAUAAGAGGUUUUUUUAAACUAAUAUCUUUAACUCUCACAAAGUAAUAAUCCUUGAAAGAUGGCUAUUUGAAUUUGUCCAAAAACCAAAAUUAAUCAGUGUACUAUUGGUAUUUAAUAUGCAAAUUACUAUUGUUUUGGUGUAUUAUGAAAAUGAUGAAACAAAACACAUUGAUUUAGCUACCCAAACAAUAUUAAGUGCUUGAGAAAAUUUGAACCAGUGACAUCUGAACUGAGGAAAAUAAUAAGCAUUGUUUAUACAUAAAAUUUGAUGUACAAAAAGAGUUUUUUGUGAUCUAGUCUUCUAUUUAAGUAUCUGUCAUGGCCAUUCUUCCCAAAUCCGUAUUUACUUUAUUGAUGGAAGGUGAUUAGUAAACAGGAAGAUAAUUUAAAUGAAGUAAUCAGGAUUUCAUGAAAAUAUUUCCCUGUUCAGUUGGUUUCCUGGCAAUGAACCCUCACCUAUUAUGUCCUUGGCAAACAUUCAUAAUACAUUGCGACAUUCACAAUUUAUGGCUUUAUCAACAUAGUAGAGUUGUUAAAAAUUAUUUCAAUUUAUAACAUGUUGACUUGUCAUAAGAGUAUUUCUAUUGGUCACAAAAAUACCAGCUGACCUAACAUGCAUCAAAGUCAACUGUUUUACUUCCAGUAUAUUACAAGUUGGUAAUUACAGCAACAGAAACCGACAAAAGUGCUUGUCUGAGAUUGGUUUGAUGUCAGUCCAUUUAUCAACAUAGAAAUUCUUCUUGUUCAUAACUACAUGUUAUACAAUUCUAUCUGGAAGAGAUUUUAAUUUUGUAAUAGUGAUUCUGUCUUACUCUGUGACAGGAACACCUGGGAGACCUUCUUAUCUCUAUGAUGUACCAACCCACAAAUAACAGAGUUGUGGUUGUUGUCAUGAAAGCCUCAAAACUAAAGAAGAUGGACUUCAUUGGAUCAUGUGGUGAGAAAAAAUACAACAAUUAUGACUCUAGAUGAUCAAGUUUCUCUUUGAACCAAAAAAAGCUUUUAGGUCCUUUACACAGCUCAUUGUGGAAGACUGUGUUAGAAAAAAAUCAUCUGAGAGUACUGCUUUUUUCAGCAGUUUUUGUAAAAUAUUACCCAAGACCUCACAUGUUGAUUGGCUUCUGUGAUGUCAGGCUUGAUUACAACAGUCAUUUAGUUAGUGGUGGGACCAAAGUUCAUUUGUUGAAUUGUUCAGGUGAAACAGAUUUUUAAUACAGUUAUAAAGUUAAUUAAAGAAGGAUUGAAUCUGCUUUUUUUGAAUGCACUGCAACUUCCAUUGCUGGAAGGGCAUUGUGCAGCUGAAGACGGGAACUUUAAGAGGUACAAUAGAAAACAGUAUGUCAGUAUGUCUGAUUUAUAAGGUUACAUAACUGCUUGCAUUUUGUAAGAGAAUGGUCUGAGCCAAGGGUGUACCUUUUUUUUUUUUUUUUUUUUUUUUUCCCAACACUUUUUAGUCUUUCCUCAUUUGUAUCUAACAAGUUUCAUGAACAACAUUAUCAACAUUUUCCAGAUCCAUAUGUUAAAAUCUAUUCCAUGCAUGGAGGGAAGAGGUUAGACAAGAAGAAAACAACAAUAAAGAGGAGAUCAAAAGAUCCUGUGUGGAAUGAAUCCUUCAUAUUCUAUGUUCCAGUUGACAAGCUUAGAGACAUAACCUUUGUCUUCACUGUUAUGGACUUUGACCGUAUCACACAAAAUGAGAUGAUUGGCCAAAUAAUCUUGGGAUACCGCACCACUGGCAGCUCACUAAGGCACUGGACUGAAAUGAUGGGUAACCCCAGGAAGCCUGUAGCACAAUGGCAUAGGCUUCAACUUUACUAAUAAAACUGGAAUAAAGUUUUGGGUGGUGCUUAACAUUUUUUGGCAGGAAUUUUCCUGUCAAAGAAAAACUAACAACAAAAACAGUACUGCAAAGUGAGAUCAAUUGUUUAAAAAAAACAAUAAGAAAAGAGUCUACAUAUCAAAAAGUACAGAAAAUUACAACUUUUAAUUGCUAGUUUGAAAAUAGAGGACCUAUUUUUUUUUCCUUGUGACAACACAAUUGCACUUCCCUUUUUUUACCUUCUGAUGAUGAACAAUGAUAAUGAACAGAAGUAUUACUGAAAAAUACCUAGAUCUGUAUUGUUCAUUUGCUAUAAAGACCAGGUGAAACAAAUCAUACCCUAACACAAGUAAAAAUAGCCUCUGGCAAACUUCUUAGUAAGACAGAUGGACACAACUAAAUUUACUAAAAAUACUUGGUACAAAAAUGUCUUUUGACCAAUGAUUCAUGACUCAUAAACAGAUCUUAGUCAUAAGACAAGUGACAUUUAAUAGGCAUAACAUGUACGUGCAAGACGUGUAAUUUCAUCUCCAACAGAUUUACAGAACCUUCCCCCACUUCCUUUAAUACUAUGCUUCAAGAACAUUUUUAUGCCUACAAAAUUUUUGGAAAUCCAGGGACAAAUAAUUUUGGAUGAGAAAAAUGAAGAAGAGUUUGGCUUAACCCUAACAAGGAAAUCUUCAAAAUGAGUCAAAACAGCUGUUUUUCUUCCUCCCACACAAUUAUUUGCCCUUGGGUCUGCAACAUUGUGUCAAACCCAAAAAGACGAUUCAAGUGGUUUAAAAAAGGUAUACAAAGGCAGAAAUUUCCUUGACACUACAAAAACAUGACAGACAGAAGAGUUUAUUAAUAGUUGAUACAUUCCUCAAGUUUUUAAUUUAUAUUCUUCCAUUCCUGUAAGUUUUUGAAGAUUCAAUUUGAUGUAGUUUGUGGUUAUGUUAAUGCUAAAUUGGAAAAUGUAUAGAGAUUUUUUUCUUGGGUGAUUCUUCAAGCAUAAAGUUAUAAGAUGAAAGGCGGUAAAAAUAUCCAUGUUGGCAAAUGUCCAUUUUCUUCAGAUUAUUUUCACAAUUACUUAAAUUCCUCACACAUUUAAAGGCUUAACAGGUUAAAAGGUUAAAUUUUGAAGUGUUCUUUAAUUAUCUUGGCAGACCUCUUUGAUAUCAGUACCACUUUUUAAUUACGUCUUUCCAUUUAAAGAUCUGUUGACAAGUUAACAAAAAUUUACAUGAAACAUGAACUCUGAUGGAAUCUACUAGAUUAUUCUUCCUGUCUGGGUA